CCACGGGCAGCAUGGGCUAGAAAAAGCAUAUAAGCACGCCGAUUUCCCUGGUGUGCCAAACCGGAGCUGGCGUGACGUUGCUACUAUCGGCCCUUGUGUGCGUGGUAUAGUUUCUACCAAGAAGGUUAAUAGUUGAGCUUCUCUCUGCCAAUAUCACCAUGAAGUGCUUCAUCCUGCUUCUUCUGAUUGGGGCUUGUGCUGCUGCAGCUAUCGAAGAUGACACCAAGGCAUUGGAGGCCUUAAUGCAAGCGAUUGACAGCAAUGAGCUAGAUGGAGUGUUGGAAAACAUGAGGAAGAACGGCGUCUCCACACGAUUCUGGGGCGGACACAGUUGCGUCUGCCACCAUCACGUCGAGCGAGAUGAAGACAACUCAGAUGACGCUGAGCCCAUGCCAGCUUCAAUGAAGAUCAAGAAGAGCCGCGUUUCCCGGGGAUGGUGGGGAAACGACCACAACUGCCACUGCGGCCACCACUAAGGAAAUGAACACACAUCAGAUGGCAAGCGUAACUAUACCGACAAUAUCCAUGAGUAAUGUUGCCACGAGGGAUGCUACUGGGAGGAAAUCGUGGAAUAUUGCUAGACAUUUGUGUCCGGUUAAGUUAAUAUAGAUUAGUAGCGAAGUCGUUCCUUUUAUCUUGAUGUAUUCUUUCGUCUUUCAAUAAUUUUGUUUUUUUUUCUUUUGAAGUUUAAUGGUGGUAUGUUCUUAUAGCCGGUUGUCUAACGUGCAUAUCACACAUUGUUUCUGAUAAUCCAUUAGUUGAUUCAAACAAUAUUCAAACAAUAUAGACGUUUUGAAAGAAAAGAAAAACAUCGGGGAAAAAAUCGGACAAGUUCCUGAAGAACGCAUGACGUAAAUGUAAUGGCAGAAUAAGAAGGAGGGACGUUGCUUGCUGGUUCGAGAACGCACCUCCAUCUUGUAACUGCCUUUUUUCCAAAUAUUAUUCCUCAAAUGAUAUGAUACUGCUAUGAAGACUUUUGGGAAAAGCGUUAAAAACAACACUGCAAUUUCUCCACGAGGACAGACGGCUUUUUAUUUUCUAUUUUAUCGAUUAUAUCAUUUAUCUUUUAAAAUAAGAAAGUCGUAAUUUCUCAGUGAAAAUCAACUUCAGUUUGAAGGCUGUUCGAACCAAUUUAAGAAACUAUAGUCACGUAUAUAGCAAAAGCUAGUUUGACGACCCCAACCAAAUUACUGCGGUUUUACAAAAAGUCAUAAAAAAGCAUUUUGUCCAAUACUUGAGAGGAAAAAAGUGGCAGAGCAAGCUGCAAAUAUUACAAUUAAUAUUGGUUUAAGUAGACCUUCGUCAUAAAGUACGCAUAUCUGGUGGUAAAGUUUCGGCGUUAUAACAAACUUCAGCCCGAAUAGGUACCUGAAGGUAGAACUAUUAUUCUUGCAAUGAACCUGUCGAUAACUAUAGGAAGUUUGAAAUACGAUUACAAAAUCAGCCGUGAUACAAUCACUUACUUAUACGAUCACGAACUUGUUAUGCAUCAUCAAAACAUGUUUUGUGUCAAUCUAAUCUAUUUUUGCUCCUAGAAUAGAUCGGGUUUUACUCUACAAAGUUGAUCUUUAAAAGUAAAAUCUUAAGACACUGUGCAAUGAUUUCUAUUUAGAUAAAAACAUCAAUGUAGACUCGUAUCUUACUAUACCGUUAUUCUUUCAUUGGUUCAGGUUAUCUCCCACUUUUAUUUCAACUUUCAAAUUGCACAUUUACUGAACGACUUCAAUAAAUUAAGUAGCAAAGCAAUAUG